AUGAAAACUUAUGAAAUAGAAUAUAAUUCAUAUGAAAAUUGGUUUAAACAAUGGAAAAAUAAUUUAUAUUUAAUUCAAUUAAAUAUAACUAAAUUAUUUAUUGAUUUAAAACAAUUAAAUGAAUUUCAUAUGAUUGAUAUUGAAAUUAAUCGAUUUAUUGAUUCUUUAAAUGAAUUAAAUAAAGAAUUAAUAGAAAAACAAACAUUAUUAUUAAAAAUCAAUACUACUACUACUAAUAAUAAUAAUAAUAAUAAUAAUAAUCAAUCGAUCAAUAAAUUAGAUUUCAAUCAAUCAUAUGAAAAAAAAUUCUUAUUAUUAAUGAAUGAAAUAAAAGAAAAUCAAUAUUCUAUUGAACAAAUAAUCGAUUGUUUAAAACGUAUCAAAAUGAAAUUAAAAGAAUUAAUGAUUAAUUUAAAAAAUUCUAAACAAUGGAUUGAAGAAAUCUCUGAACAAUUUAGUAGAAUAAAAGAAGGAAAAAAUCCAAUUAGAAUAUCACCAUAUCCAUCGAAAAAUGAUUCAAAUAAAUCGGAAUAUUGGAAAACCAAUUAUUCAAUGAAUACACAAUUAUUAUUAACUAAUCAUAAUGAAAGAAAUGAAUUACAAUCAAUUACACCGUCACCAUCAUCAGCAUCAUCCUCAUUUCUAAUUGAUCAAUUAUUAAAACAAUCUCAUCUAAAAAUGGAUUUAUUACAGAAUUAUAUUAAUGAAAUCACUAAAACAUCAUCAAUCAUAGCUGAUAAUGUUAAUCAUUUAUUUAAUGAAUUAGAAAAUGAUUUAUUAAAAUUAAAUAUUAAUGAUACAAUUAUUAUUGAUGAAAUUCAUAAUAGACAAAAUUCAAUAGAACAAUUAUUGAUUCAUAUGAUUGAUUAUAAAAAUGAUUUAAAUCUAUUUAUUAAUCAAUUAAAUCAAUUCAAUAAUAAAUUAAAUGAUUUUAAACAAUCAUUUAUGAAUCAUUUAAUAAAAAUUAAAAAAAUUAAUCAACAAUCAAUCAAUAAUCUGAAUAAUCUAUCAAUCAAUCAAUUAAUGAAUGAAAAAAAUAAUCAAUUAAUGAUUGAUAUUUAUUAUCCACUUGAUGAAAUUAUACAAAAUUAUCAAGUAUUUCAAAGUGAAUUAAUGUCUCAAAAAUCUGAAUUAACACAAUUAAAUAGUUUAUGUGAAUCAAUUCAACAAAGAACUAAUGAAUCUGGUGUUAAAAAUUCUUUAAAUCAAUUAUUAGUUCAAUAUCAUAGUUUAAUUAAAAGUUGUGAGGAUGUUUUAUCUAAACUUCAACUUGUAUUUAUGGAAAAUAGAGAAUUUCAAGUAUUAUGUAAUAAUAUUAGAAAUUUCCUUGAUACUUUAACAACAGAAUUAAAAAGUAUCAAUAUAAAUGAACAGAAUCUAAAUUUAUCUGAGAAUCAUUUGAAUACAAUCACAAGUAUACGUGAAAAAUUACGUUCAUAUCAACCAAAACUUCUAGAGCUUAGCGAUAGAGCAGAUCGAAUUUGUCGAGCUUCAUCAACUGCAGCAUUAACUAUGAAUCAAAUAUUUAUGACACACUCAAGUCAAUUAGAUAUAAACGAUUCUGUAAACACACCUGUGUUUACAGGCUACGAUCAUCAACAUAAACUUGCAACGAAUCAAAAUGAAAUCAACAAUUUACAAACAGAAACUAUUGGAUCUAAAGCUAAACGACAAUUAAAUGAAUUUAGAAAUGAAUUUAAUGAAAUCAAUCAACAAAUAACAGAAUACCAAGAAAAAUUAAAUCAUAUGGUCAAUGAACAGAAAAAUUUGUCUGAAUUAUACAAUGAUUUACGCAAUUGGAUAGAUAAAACAGAGAAAAAGUUAAAUAUUUUAGAAUCAGGCAUGUUGGUAAAUCAAACAGAGACAAAUGAACAAAAUAUAAGAACAUUAAUUCAUGAAUCUAUCAAGUUUAAUGAAAACAACUGGAAUACUUAUAUUCAACAAAUAACGGUCUUAAAUAAAGAACUUAAUGAAUAUUCACAAAAAUAUGAACAAUUUUGUGAGAAUAUACCUGAUACUACUAAGAUAAAUGGCCAGACAAAUAAAUUUAAUCAACUGACCGGAAGAUUUACCGAAAUGAAAGAAAGAAUUCAGCGAUUUAUCACCUGGAUUAAUACAAUUCAACAAAACUAUUCUGCAUUUCGUGAUUCAGCACAAACAAUUGAACGAUGGAUGAAUAGUAUAAAUUUUCGUCUUAUGUCCGCUGGUACUAAUAAUACUAAUAGUAAUCUAACAGGAAAUUUAUCUGCUUAUCAAGAUUCAACAAUUCAAAUUGAUCAAUUCAUGAAAGAAAUUAAUAAAGAAGGCAAAAAUCUUUUAGAAAAUACACAUCAAUUAAUUCAUUUACUUAUUCAUAAUAUAACUAAAGAUCAAGCAACAAUAUCAAGAACGAAUAGAAUAUGUAAAUCGAUCACAUGUCCAUAUCGUGAAAUUCCAAUUGAUCAUAGUGUAGUGGAUAAUUGGAAAUAUUUAGUGAAUAGUUCAAAUGAUGAAAAACUAUUAGAUAGAAUUAUUUUAGAUGUUUUAGAAAGAAAUAAAGAGAUUGAAAUUAAUUAUAUGAAUAUACAUUCGAACGCACAAUCUAUCAAGAGUCGACUAGAUGAUCAGUUGAAUCGUUUCAAAGCUUACAUUGAUUCAUUGAAUUCAGUCGCCACAUUUAUACUAAAUGAUUUACAGUCUUGGUGGAAACGAUUAAGUGUUAUUAGUCAGUCAUCAGUAGCAGUAGCUACAAUAACAGGAAUUACGACAACAAAUCAACUCAUCACAACAUCAGAUCCAAUCUCUUCGAAUUCUUAUAAUGUUACAGGAUUAACAACCUAUCCAAAUAAAAGUUUUAUCAAUUAUCAAAUAGACCGUUUGAAACAAUUGACAGAUGACAAACCUCUAGCUAAAGCAGUAAGUCUAGAAGACGUUGGUCAUCAGUUAGCUAUGACACUGGCUAUGCAAUCACAGUUGAUGACGAUGAAAAGAGAAUUGUCCACACUUGGAUAUAAAUGUGGAAUGUCUUCAGUGGAAAUCGAUUAUAUUUCACAAGAAGGCGAUAAGAGCUCUGAUAAUAAAGGAAAUAGUUCAGAUCAAACUUUGGUGAAAUUGUUAGCUAAACAUCUUGAAUGUCACACUGAACAACUACGUGAAUUACGAACAAAAUGGGAGCAUUAUGUUAAAGAACGUGAUAUAUUUGGCCGUUGGUUAUCUGAACGUCAAACAGCUUGUCAUCAUUUAUUAGAAUUGAGAUCAAGAUCAGCACAACCAGAAGAUGAAGAGAGUAGAGCACUUGAAGAGACAAUUGUUCCUAAAAUUAUGCAAACAUAUAAAAGUUAUCCAGCUGACCAACGUCAUCAAUUCAAUGAAUAUUUAAUACAUUCAAACACUAUGGACAGUAAUGAUUUGGAUAUCCCUAGUAUGGAGUAUGGAUUAAGAAACAGUGGUGGAAAUAGAGGCAUAGCUAGAUUGUUAUGGCCUUAUGAUCAUCGACGUUCACAUUCAGAGUAUCGUGGUAAAAUACCAAUUUUACCAGAGAAAGCGGAAGCACUUGUUCAUAGUUCAGCUAAAACAUUGAAGCAUACAAAAUUACUUAAUGAGUUAGCCAAGUCAGUAAAUCAGUUGAAAAAUGAAGUUAUCACUAGUGAAGUUGAUGCUCAAAGAAAUUAUUUGGUUGAUCAAAGAGAUUAUUCUAUUCCUUCAAAUACAAUUACUCCUUCUUCUUCUAAUCAAUUAUCAAAUAACAAUUUACAACAAAGAAUAUCAACUGAAUCAAUUCGAAGAAAUUUACCUUCAUCUAAUUAUUAUCCAAUAAUUCAAUUAAAUAAACAAUCAAUUAUCAAUAAAUAUCAUAAAUCUUCAUUUGAUGAUAUAUCAAAUUGGUGUAAUGAUGAUAUGAAAAUUUCAUCUUAUUCAUAUGAUAAUAAACAACCAAUUGAUUUAAUAUCAUCUCAUUAUUUUAAAAAUGAUUUAUCACAGUAUACAACAUCUAAACCUUGUAUACAUUUACCAUUGAAAGAUGAAUUACACAAUGAACAGAAAAGAUUAAAUACAUCACCUUAUUUAUCACCAUACAAGAGUUCAAUUCCAAAACCAGAUACCUUUAUGAAAUCUCGCAGUUCCAAAAAAACUAAUUUAACCCCGUCUCAUGCGAGUAGACCUAUUUCAAGAAACACCAAUGUACCAUCUGAUACUAGACAAAGAAUAAUCUCCCAAACACAACCACUAAAUAAUAAAUCUACACAAAUGACAACUUCCAGUUUAAAUGAUAACACUUCCUUGUUAAGGACCAAAAAUGUUGCGAAAAAAUUAAAUACUAACACAGAUAACAAAUCGUAUCUAAUUUACUGA